CUUGCCUCGCGCAAGUACGCUCGAAUCAUUCAGAAGCUCGGCUUCAACGCCAAGUUUACCGACUUUAAGAUUCAGAACAUUGUCGGCUCGUGCGACAUCAAGUUCCCCAUUCGUCUCGAAGGUCUGGCGUCCCGCCAUCACAACUUCAGCUCCUACGAGCCUGAGUUGUUCCCUGGUCUCAUCUACCGCAUGAUUAAGCCGAAGAUUGUGCUUCUCAUCUUCGUCAGCGGUAAGAUCGUUCUCACGGGCGCCAAGGUCCGUGAGGAGAUUUACCAGGCCUUUGAGAUGAUCUACCCCGUGCUGCAGGAUUUCCGCAAGGUCUAAACAUGCGCCUGCACCACUACACAAAAUCAUGUGCGCGUCGGCUUGACUGCCUGAUUGCGUGCAUCCCCCCCUUUUUUUGUGAUUUGUACCAUUACACCCCAAUUCUCCUUCACGAUACCACGAGAACAUUUUUGCCCCCCCCAUUUCCAAGUCAUGAUUUGGCUGUCGGACGUUUGGCCACCCUAGUCUGGGGUCGGAACGUGUCGCACCACAACCAUGGCCUGUACCAAUUGGUUCAUUUCCCGCAUUGCACUGGCGUUGGAGGGGAAACAAACAAAGGCUGGAGGAGGGUCCAGCCGAGGCGGCUUGCUUCGAGGAAGAAAAGAACGCGCGUAGCAAUACCACGAUAGUAAUUGCAAAAGAAGUAGCGGUCGUUGACCAAA